AUGGCGCAUUUCAUCCCCACGAAGAAGUCGGCGUCCACUGCGGAUACUAUCGAACUCUUGGCGGAUAGACUGUUUAGAUAUCUCGGUUUCCCGGAUGUCUUGAUCUCUGACCGUGAUCCCCGGUUUCAAUCCCAGUUGUGGCAGCAGCUUUGUCAUCGAUUUCACAUCAAAGACGCAAUGUCUUCUCCCUAUCAUCCGCAAUCCGACGGUCAAACAGAGAGGGUCAGUCGAACUUUGGAGCAAAUGCUCAGUACGUACAUUCAGACGGAUGAACGUGAGUGGGAGCGCCUGCUACCGGCGCUCGAGCUCGCCUAUAACACCACCAGCCAUUCCUCCACAGAACUUAGUCCGUUCGAAGUUAUGAUCGGCCAGAAUCCUGUCACAGCAGCAGAUCUUGAUGUCAUCGGUAAUCUCGCGCCAACCCUGACCCCGCCUAUGACGAAACUAUUCCAACAGCUGUGUGAUCGAGCCCAGAGCCAUAUUCUUAAGGCGAAGCCGCCUAUGACGAAACUAUUCCAACAGCUGUGUGAUCGAGCCCAGAGCCAUAUUCUUAAGGCGAAGUGGCAGCAGAAACGCUAUGCCGACGCUCACCGACGAGAUGCGCAGUACAACCCAGGCAAUCGGGUCUGGAUAAGCAUCCGUAAUCUCCAGGGCCUCAACCAAUGCUCCAAGUUCGAGCCUAGGUUUCGCGGUCCCUCCACGGUCUUGGAACGAACCGGCCAGGUCGCCUACCGUAUCGAGCUUCCGCCGACGUACGCGUGUCAUAAUGUAUUUCACGUCUCUCAGCUCGUCCCCGACCGUCUACGCGACCCUCAGAUGAAGUCCAAAGAAGCAGCUGUUGGGUGGUUACCGGUGACGAGCCAAGACGGAAGUCCCACCGAUAUUUACGAGGUCGACUAUAUCCUCGACCAACGCAGCUCAGGCGAAGAUGUCCAAUACAUUGUCAAAUGGCGUGGUGCUCGCGAGGAUCGCGCGAUUUGGGAGCCUGCUGCCAACCUUACCAACUGCCCCGCCCUUCUUCGUGCUUGGCGAUGUCAUCUCAGGCGUGCAAGGAAUGCUCAGCGGGGACUUCAGGACGCCGCCCUCGGCUCUGCUGAUACCGCCUCAGCAUCGGCCUCAUCGCCGACGUCUCUCUCGCCGGGGGGCGAAGGAGUGGAGCGGCACCCUCCGGCAGCCGCACCACUCAUAGCAGAGGACAGCUUAAAGGAGCCAGCGAGACAUAUAUAUAGCUGA